AUGGUAUCUUUCACUGAUGACGUCAACUUCUUGGAAAUGUUCCCGGAAAACUUUCCGCAUUCUCAUGACGAAGAGCCGAUGACCCUGGAAAUAUUCGUGGAGCUGAUGACUCAAUUCUAUGAGAUGGGUUGGAUGCGUGGUACAGGUGGCGCAAUGGGUUGUGUUGCCAAUGAUAAACUGUUCAUAUCACCGUCUGCACUACAGAAGGAGCGUCUAAAAACGUACGCUCUGCUCUCGAACUCUUCAUCUGGCCCCAUAACUGGUACUAAAGGACCGAUUGAAAGGCUCCCAAAAUACCAUCCAGGUUGGGGUAUUACCUACGAGCAGUGCUUGGAAUGGCUUUCUGCACUAAACAUAUAA